AUGCCUAAAUAUCCAAAAAUUCAACAAAAAAUUAAAAAUGAACCUCAAGAACAUAAUUUAACAGAUGAAACUCAAUUAACACAAGAUAUAUUAGAUUCAUUGGUUUAUAUAAAAGGUGUAACAAAAGAAAUUCUUCGAUAUGCUCCUAUUGCUGAAGCCAUAAGUCGUGAAGCAACACGUGAUGAUAUAUCUAUAAGAAAAGGAGAUACAGUUAUCAUUACUACUUAUAAUCUACAGCAAGAUCUAUGCUAUUAA